AUGGUUGGGACGCCUGCGGAGUCUCCACGUCGUCGCUCGGCGAGACUUAUAGCAGAGGAGGCCGAAAAGGAGAAGCAGGCCAGGCUGAAGAAAUACAACCUGCCCGAUGACGGUCAUCUGGAUUUUGAGAAAAGGACUGAAAAGAUCAGGGGUUUCGACGUCACUCGCACGAUCUUGGUCAGGACGACUGACUCCGUCAAGGAUGAUGUCGGAGAAUGGGCACGCAAGGCUUUCUACCAAGAUGCAAAAAACAAUGUCUUCUAUCCGGGUCAGAUUGUGAGAGCGAUGCUUCCUUAUCCGCAGUGCGAUCUUGACGCCCGCUACAAUCCACCUCAUGGAGAGAUUGCCAUGAUGAAAGCAGGACCCGUGGGUUGUAAGAUGCGCUUUAUGGUCAUUUUGUGGACGACCAAUUAUGGCAUGUUCGGGCUUCCGAUGUAUACCUUCCACGGAACGACAUCAUUUGAAAGUCUAUCUGACGAACGCAAGAAAGAUUUCGUCGGCAUAGGGAUAGAAGACCUAGAGUAUGAGACUGGAGAAACCACCCAUGCAGGAAUGCCAAUCAUCAUGAACAUCAACCCUAACGCAGACGACGCCGACAAGGUCGACCCAUGGGCUUAUAUCGAUCUCAGUCGCCCCCACGCAAUAUGCACGGGCGAAUACCUCGAAGAAAACAUCGGCUCCAUCGACGGAGAUGAAUACCUGCGUCUCGUCAGUUUAUACCUGUUCCGGCAGGAGGAUUGGCUCAAAGCGACGUUCAAAAAGUUCCAGAAUACUGAAUACAGUGCUGAAAAGUUGCUCAAGCCACUACCAGUGACCAUGGGAAGACCGGAAUUCGAAGACCUUCCGAUUUGGGCUCGGCACAUGGCCGAGGUCGAGUUCAGACAACAGAUCAACUCGAAAAGAAAGGAACGCAGAAAGUUGAAGGUUCCGGGUGCUGAAGUGGUCAAGAAGCCCAAGACGAAGAAGAAGAAGAAGUAA